AAAAUUGAAGGGAGAGAGUAAAAUAGGAGAAGAAAUAUCCCAGUUGAGUGUCCCAACUCUUUAUCUGCUCUCUGCUCUUCUUCUUCCCCAAUUUUGAAGCUUCAAUGGAAGUGAUAAUAGUAUCAUCUAACGCAAAAACACCUAUUCACCUGCAUACAAACCAACCACAACCACCCAUUCUCAAUAACUCUGUCUUUUUGGGCCGUCGAGAGCUCUGCUUCGAUAGCAUUUCCACUGUCUGCUCUGCUGAUCCCAUCACUUCUAAUCCAUCUACCUCUGUUUCCGCUCCCAGGGGUGGUGGAGAUAAUGGCAAUUCUUUGAUUGAGCAACUACGGAGAAGCUUCCCUUUUGCCACACGGAGGAUGUUAUUAACAAGCUUUUUCAUGUAUUCAUGUUAUCAUCCUUCAAGGUACUUGUCAGCACUUGCUUUGGGGGAUCCGUCUGUCACAGUUGAACAAGUUACACCUACUAUUUUUCCUUCUGCAGCACUUUUCCCUUUGGAGGAAAGAGUUGUUGAGCUCUUUGAGAAGAACACUUACUGUGUUGUCAACAUAUUUGAUGUAACCUUGAGACCGACGCUUAAUGUCACUGGUAUGGUUGAGAUUCCUGAAGGAAAUGGUUCGGGGGUGAUUUGGGACAAAGAAGGCCAUAUUGUUACUAAUUAUCAUGUGAUUGGUAACUCCCUUUCUAGAAACCCAAGCCGUGGGCAAGUAGUUGCACGUGUUAAUAUUCUCGCUGCAGAUGGGGUGCAAAAGAAUUUUGAGGGUAUAUUAAUUGGUGCAGACCGUGCCAAGGAUCUUGCAGUGUUGAAGGUGGGAGCUUCUGAAGACCUGUUGAGGCCAAUAAGGGUUGGUGAAUCUUCUUCUUUGAGAGUUGGCCAGCAAUGUUUAGCCAUUGGAAAUCCUUUUGGGUUUGAUCAUACACUCACUGUUGGGGUUAUCAGUGGACUUAAUCGAGAUAUAUAUAGUCAAACUGGAGUGACCAUUGGUGGAGGAAUACAAACAGAUGCAGCCAUCAACCCUGGCAACAGCGGAGGUCCUUUGUUAGAUUCAAAAGGAAACUUGAUUGGGAUCAACACUGCAAUAUUUACUCAGACAGGGACAUCAGCAGGUGUUGGAUUUGCAAUCCCUUCUUCAACUGUGUUGAGAGUUGUACCCCAAUUGAUCCAAUCUGGAAAAGUUCUUCGUGCUGGUUUGAAUAUUGAAAUCGCUCCAGACUUGAUUGCCAACCAACUUAAUGUUCGAAAUGGAGCACUGGUUUUGCUGGUACCUGGAAAUAGUCCUGCAGCGAAAGCUGGACUUCUUCCUACUACCAGGGGUUUUGCAGGAAAUAUAGUACUUGGUGAUAUUAUUGAAGCAGUGGAUGACAAACCUGUUAAGAGUAAAGCAGAUUUGUAUAAAAUCCUGGAUAAUUAUAACAUAGGUGAUGAAGUUCGAUUAAAAAUCCGUAGGGGCAACGAUAACUUGGAGUUGAUCAUAGCAUUAGAGGAAAAGGAUUCAUAACAAUUGAAGAAUUUUUUGCAGUAAUCUGGAAAAGGCGGAAAUGUGCGAGCAAUGAACAUGUUCCAUGGAAAUUGCCAGCAGAAUGUAAUGUAUCACUUGUAAAGUAUUUUAAGUUACCAUUGAAGGAGAACAAAAUGAGUAAUCCUUGAAAUUCUUUUUAGUAAUAAAAUGCUUUCUCCUCCAAAUUUGCUAA